AUGCAACUGCUACGCGCUGCCUCGACUAUGUCUUACCAAGGAUCUCCAUAUUCGGGCCCGGGAGACGAAUAUGACUUCGAGGACGACGGUUACGACGACUUGGACGAGUACAGAGAUCAAGAAGACACUUUGCCAGUGCCCCCGUUGGACGAUAGUGAUGAAGAUACAGAAGAAGCCAGUGAGACAGACAUACCACACAAUGAUGAACCUUUGGAAAUUAAAGAACAAAUGUACCAAGACAAGUUAGCCAGCCUAAAGAAGCAAUUGCAGCAAUUGGAAGAUGGAGUCCACCCAGAGUUCCUGCGCAGGGUCAAGAGGCUAGAACACCAGCUGCAUGAACGGCUAAAGCUUAAUAGGAUAUACAAAGACCACAUGUAUGAUGUAGUAGAAAGAGAGUACAUAGCGGAGCGAAAGGCGGCGGCGAAGGAGUUCGAAGAGAAGAAGAUAGAACUGCGAGAGAACUUGCUUAGUGACUUUGAAGAGAAGCGGAAGAUGAUUGAGAAUGAGAGGCAUAGUAUGGAGCUUAAUGGGGAUUCUAUGGAGGUGAAACCAGUAAUGAAGCGCAUUCUGCGGCGGCGCGCAAACGAACCUGCGCCCGCGCCAGAGAAGCGGCGGAAACCCCUCGCCACCACACUUACCUUCCAGCUGGACGACAGGGAGAUCGAAGCAGAUUUAAGAGCUAUUACAAGGCAUUCGCCUGCGCCCUCGAGGCACCAUUCCUCACAUAACUCGCAGCAGCCUAGGAAACAUCUUAACUCUAACAGUUGUGAUUCGCCAGUUCGAGAAAGCAACGAGACGACGGACACGCGAGUGGAAGAUGGCAAGUUGUUGUACGAGAGACGGUGGUUCCACCGCGGACAGAGCGUCUACGUCGAGGGACGCGAGAUGCAGAAGUACGCGGGACAAAUACACGCGAUAACCGAUGAUAUUAUAUGGGUGAAAAAGACGAAUCUCGAGAAGGUACGGAUAUACGUGUCGCAAUUAGCGCGCGGCAAAGUGACAUUAAAGAGACGGGCGUCAUAAGUGUUAACACGGUGCUUGCAAGACUUGUACAGUUGUACAUAAGUGAUGUGUGGACGCUAGUACAAACGCUAGUUGAGUGCGUGAAGUGAAAUGACGUGAAGCGUUAUUAAUAUUUUUGGUUAUUUAUUGUUACGUGUUUGAGGAAAAGAGAAGCUGUAUUGACUGAUUUUUCUAAAUCGUUGCGUCCAGAGUUUGUGACCUAAUUCCGGUUUUACCUUUCAUUUCUCAGUUCUGGAGAUGGUAUAUCAUAAACUGUUUUAAAAACUAUGGAUAUUUCACAGUCAAAGCGAAAUUUC